UUUUCAAAGAGGGGACGUGCAGCAGAGCCUCCCAACCUGACUUUUCUCUCCCAAUGGCCAUCCCUGCACAAAACAAACAAGGGGAAGCUGGGCUCCACAGCGCCCUGCGUUCACAGGCUCCACAGCCAGAAUAAACGUCCUGGCUUAAAAUGGACAUUAAUCAGGCCUGCUGGGAGGGUGAACGGGAAGCAGAAAGGCGCGGCGGCUCCUUCCAAGUUUCUGUUGGCAGAGAGGGCAGAACUGCCAACUCCGAGUGAAAGAUGUUUUCACCAUGUGCAAGAGCAGAGAUGGCCAGCCCGGCACCCCAGCCCCGCUCACAGCUCUAGGCUGAUGCUUCUCAGCGGAAAGAGCUCUUUCUCUCUCAACCGUUUCAGUAAUCUUAUCCUAACCUGGCACAGAACCUCAUCCUUCCUUGGGACAUAGGAAUGUUUGCUGCUAGACAUCAAUAAAAUCCAUCUCCUUAAUGUCUCUCCUGGGGUUCAUCACGGGGUGGGGUUCAUUCCGCACCGUUCUGAGAUAGAGUCAGAGGAAUCUGCUGGGUCUCCUCUGGCUCUGAAUAAGUUCACCAGGCAUCUCUACCUUACCCAGAAGAGAAUCGUUUAUUUGCACACCGCCAGCAAUAACCAGAUUGGGUUCUUGCUCCAGUCUUGGGCCUGUCAUUCAAGGCUGCUCUGUUCCUGCAGGCCUUCUGAUGAGUGCCACAUUCUGUUCCGCUAACCUGGGUGAAGCUCCCUCAAAUGCUAGUUUCAAGGAGUCCUUGU